AACCAGGGGAAUUAGGACAGGAUAUCCGCUGUUUUCUGAGAAAACCUGUGCCAUAAGGUGGGAUCCGAAGGGGUGGUGGAAUGCGGAUUUGGAGGUGGCGAUGUGCAGAUGUGGGAACCUCCGCAUGCCCCACUUGGGCAAUCCUCCUUCACUCCCUCCGAUACUGUAUCGUACAUGUGGCGCUGCUCUAAGAGUGGAAAGACCCGGCCAGGUCCUUUGGUCGCACCCUUGGCUCCGUUAGGUGACUAGAACUCCACAUUUGGCAUUGCCGCCUGGUUCUGCUGCAAAGGCGGUAUCGAAUCCAGGCGCGAGGAUGGCGCAGCUUGCACGCCUGGGAUGGCUCAAAAAGUGUCCGCCCAAGCCCCCGGAACGCGAGAUGGUUUAUAGCCAAGCCAAGUGGACGUCUGGCACGUUGGGUGUGCAGCGCAAGGAGUUGUCUGCACUAGGGUUGUCCGCAUCCACAGGCGUAGCCGCCACUUCGGUGCUCUUGGCGACUUCAAUGUGGAUAUCGCAGCUCGAGCCCCCCUGCGAAUGCCAUGAGAGUAGUCUCGAUUAUCUCGAAAAGCCGUUGGACCAGGAGUAUCUUGGAUUGACACAGUCCUCAAGCCAUAGCGUGCCGAGCCAGUUCGUCCCCUGGGAAUCUGCAAAUCUUACCCUCCUCUGUUUCACUCUUUCUGCUACAGUUUGGCGGUUGAUUGCAGUGUGCACCGUGUAUCUUGUGGAUUCAUUGCACCUUUCAGUGUACCUGUUCGAUUAAAUGGAGUAGAAUUGUCGCUGUCCCAACCGUUCCAACCACACUGUUUCCUGAUGAGUCACUUCUGUUUUGACCGUCAAUAAAUACUCUACUCUUGAGUAAAAGAGUCACCAUAUCCAUGUAGAAAGAUCUUUAGAGAUCGAUCCCUAACAGUACGUGGAAUGCAUUUAAACCAAAUGCCAGUAUUGUUAAAUAUUAACAUAGUCGUACUGUGUUUUUAAUUUGUAAUUUGCCUUGUCGAAACCUACUCAAUCCUUGCUUUUUAAUUUAGCUUCUGAGUUUCUAUUUA